AUGAACGAAGGGAAUGAACUGAUGCUCGAGAGGGCUGCACAUCUCCAGCUUUUAGACCUUGAGGAUCGAAGGGCAGAGCUGAUAGCGGAUGAUCCCACCCUGACUGAACUCGAGAUCACAUAUGACCUUAUUGAGGCCGAUAUUCAAACCACCCUCCAAUCCAUCCGGGACCGAAGGAUUGCUAGAGCCGUUCAUAACGCCGGUCGAACAGCCGACUCAGCCCUGAUAGCCAGAAUUGCUCAAGCUGAAUCAAGUGCGCAGGAGGAGCUGCAUCAUCAUCAGGAAGUAGUGAUAUUAGCAACCCUAGCAAUCCGUUAUCCUUGA